AAUUCCAUGCAACGUUGGAGACGGGUUCUAGUGCAGGCGCGGCGUGGUUGCAGCACACCAUACGAUUUCUUUCGAAAUGCGAAUGCCCAGUAUGAUGAGUCGCCACACUCACAGAACCUUCUCCGCAUAGAGCCCUACUCCUCGACCGUUGAACAUCAGCUCUUUUUUAACAGAGACUGGCUGCCAAAUGAAGAGCAUGGAAGGCAAGAUCCUAGGAUAAGACCACAGAACGGCACGGGCGACAGGUAUGAAGGUGCGAGGCGACAUAAAGACCAGACGCUGACGCGAGACGAGAACACAGCCAAUAUGCUUGCCAUUGUCACACACGGAACCCUGCAUUGUGCGCUGGCUCAGCAUCAGCCGAGUCGCUUGCUUCCGACUGGACGCCACAGAUGGAAAGGAAAGAAAACCAGACAAAGAAGGGGCCGUAGUGAGGCGAUUCGGGCCAGCAGACAUGCUCAAACAUCUGUUGCAUGA